AUGGCGCCUUACGCUCUUUUUCGCAAAUUGUGGCCAGCCGCGCUGUGUCUUGUUGAGGUCGCCAGUGCCGCCGAUGGCUAUGUCCACCUCCCCUUCUCUCGCCCCCAGCUGAAGGACCUUGACUUGGGAAACAACGGUUCGAGGACGCUAUCCGACUAUGUUGUCCCGUACCUCGUCCAAGCCCAGGUCGGCACUCCUCCCCAGGACUUCUCGCUCCUCAUAUCGCCAACCUCGACCGACACCUGGGUUGUUGACGCCACCACCGAAUAUUGCGACCCUCAGUACUAUCAGCACUAUUAUAACGAAGAUGUUGAAAGCGACAAUGUUCACAAGUGUGUAUGGGGAAGCUUCAACCAGUCCGAGUCAUCCACGUACCGAAAUGCGAACUCACGAUACGACGAGUUCGACGCCGUCACCUUCUCUGGCUAUGCAAGGGGCACCAACUUUACCGACAAACUCGUCGUCGGCGACCUCACCUUCGACAACUACCCCAUGGGCUUAGUCGACCAAUCCAACUCGUGGAUGGGCGUGUUGGGACUGGGGCACAACUACUCCGACACUCUCACCAGGUCCUCCUACUCCAGCGACGGCACCCAGGGCUACUACCCCACCAUUCUCGACCGCAUGGUCUCCUCCGGCCAGAUUUCCUCCCCCGCCUACAGCAUCUGGCUCGACAGCAGCGAGGGAGCAUCUGGCAGUCUUCUCUUCGGUGCCAUCGACAAGUCCCGCUAUACAACCGACCUUCUCCGCGUCAGCGCCACUAACCCGUACGCCUUAUCCGGCAAGUUCUCCGUCUCCGUCCACUCCAUCAACACCUUCCGCGUCGGCGGUCCUGACGGAGGCAGGCAGGGCUCUCUGAUCUCCAACGACCUCCCCAUCGACGUCACCAUAGGCAUGGGCGAGCUCAUCUCCUUCUUGCCCAGCGACCUCGUCAGCAACAUCGCCUCGGUUGUGGGAGCAACGCACGACACCACCGUGGGCCUGUACACCAUCCCCUGCUCCGCCGGCAUCAGCACCUCAGCGCGCCUCACCUUCCGGCUCGGCGGCGAGGGCGGCCCACUCCUCCUAGCGGAGACGCCGGACUUGAUCAUCAAGCCGGGUGUCUUCAACGGCCAGGUCUCGGCGGACAAGGCGACCGAGUUGAACUCCAGGAUUCUUGAUCUGCCAGACGACACUUGCGUCUUCGGCAUCCAAACGUGGGACGACGCCGACACGCUCGACACCUACGGUUCCUACUCCACCUCCACCGGUGGCACCACCUCCUACUAUAACCUAGGUAACUCCCUCCUCCGCCGCUCCUACUUGGUCUUCGACCUCGCCCGCCAGGAAUUCGCUGUGGCUCCGGCAGCCUGGGUCACUGACUCUCCUGCCUCCCCUGCCUCCUCUUCUGCCAAAUCCAUCGACUCGUCAGACGACAACAUCAUACCAUUUUCCGAAUACGGCGCCGCCAUCCCCGAGUCCCAGUACUUUUGCUCAGACUACGAGUACUACUGUCCCGACGAUUCCAUCAACCGCGGCGGCGGCGGUGGCGGGUUAACGCACGGCGACGACGCGUCGCCCACAGACGAGGAUUAUUACUUUUACGGGAUGAGGAGCAGCUGGAAGCCGAUCAGCAUUGCUUUGGGCGUCAUUUUUGGCACGCUGGUUUUGGUCGGGUUGGUGGUUGCGGGUGUGCUGUGGAAGAGGGUGUUGCGGAAAGAUAGGCGGACGAUGGGGCUGAAUAUUUCUAGGGAUGAGGAGAAGAGGUUGAUGGAUAAUGGAGGGGAGGGGGCAGGGGGUGGUGGUGGUGGUGGUGGUGGUGAUGCUGCGCAACCGAUGAUGAUGAGUCCUGCUGCUGGUGAUGGUGCUGCUGCUGCGGGUGGUGCUCAUGGGGCCACAGUUGGUGGUGCUGCUAGCUCGGGCGGACCUGGUCUUUUGCCCAUGAUCCAAGAGGGAAGGGAGGAUGAUGCUGAUCCAUACCUAUACCUGCCUGCCAGGGAGAAUGAGGUCUCUCAGGUUUCUGAGGUUCCCCCGGUGAAUGAACAUGCGAAUCGCGAACAGAGGUUAUCGGCGCCGGAUAAUUUAAUGGAUGCUCCUAGAUCUCCAAGCCCGCUUUCGGAGGAUGGUGGUAUGGCUGGCGCAAGGGCUGAAGCUGCUUCGCCUAUGUCGGAGAGACUCGGCACUCCUCCCGCGAAUGAGUCAUCCAGGGGAAAGGGAAAAGAAAAAGGAAAGGCGGUUGCCACUGAAAAUAUUGGGCAGGCGCAGUAA